UGGCGCCGCGUGGGACCCACGGGUGGGCUCCGCGCGGGGACCUUGGGGACACUGGGGACACGGAGGGGCCAUGGGUGUCCUCGGGGCGCUGCUCGGGGGGGUUUUGGUGGCCGUGGCCGUGGCCGAGCCCGCCGCGCCGCCUCCCGCGCACGUCCUGGGGGAGAUCCUGACGUGCCAGCCCGACCCUCCCUCCGUGUCGCUCUCGGUCACCCUGGACGGGCUCGGCCUCUUCUGGUUCGACUUCCCGGGCUCGCGGUGGCGCCGCGGGACCCCCGGGCCGGGCCGGCCGCGGGGGCUGGAGACCCCCGGGGAGCUGGGCCCGGGGGCGCAGCUGUGCCGGGACGUGCUCGGGGCGCUGGGGCCGCGGCUGGCCGGGAUCCUGCCGAGAGCCAAGGGCGUGCCGCUGCUCUCGGUGUUCCCGGCGCGUCCCCCGUCCCCGGGCGAGGCCACCGCCCUGGUGUGCCUGGUGGAGAACAUCUUUCCCCCGUCGCUGACCAUCGGCUGGACGCUGGCCGGAGCCGCGGUCACUCGCGGCGUCACCUCGGGGCCCUUCGUCCCCGGCGCCGACCUCACCUUCGCCCGCGUCUCCCGGAUUUCCGUCACCCCCCGGCCCGGCGACGUCGUGGCCUGCGAGGUCACCUCGGACAGGGACAACGUCACCGCCGUGGCCUACUGGGUGGCUCCGGACACGGCGCUGGACGAGCAGCUGGACACGGCGCUGGUCGGAGCCGCGCUGGCCCUGGGCCUGAUCCUGGCCCUGCUGGGGGCCGGCCUGGCCCUGCUGGCCCGCCGGGACCCGCAUGGUACGGGAUAGGCCCGGCCUAAACCUGGGCCUAAACCUGGGCCUGGGAUUGGGCCUGAU